UAUGAGGAACUGAAGGUCACAGCUAGCAGACAUGGGGACGACCUGCGCAACACCAAGCAGGAGAUCGCUGAGAUCAACCGCAUGAUCCAGAGGCUGAGAUCUGAGAUCGACCACGUUAAGAAGCAGUGUGCCAACCUGCAAGCUGCUAUUGCUGAUGCUGAGCAACGUGGGGAGAUGGCCCUGAAGGAUGCAAGGGGCAAGCUGGAAGGGCUGGAAGAUGCCCUGCACAAGGCCAAACAGGAAAUGGCCAGGCUGCUGAAGGAGUACCAGGAGCUCAUGAGCGUCAAGCUGGCACUGGACAUGGAGAUUGCCACCUACAGGAAGCUGCUGGAAGGAGAGGAGUGCAGGUUACAUGGUGAAGGCGUUGGACCAGUCAACAUCUCUGUGGUGCAGUCCACCGUGUCCAGCGGCUAUGGCAGUACAGGAGGUGCCAGCAGCAGCAUAGGCCUGGGUGGAGGCAGCAGCUACUCCUUCGGCAGUAGCCAUGGCUUUGGAGGUGGCUUCAGUUCUGGCAGUGGCAGAGCCAUCGGAGGUGGCCUCAGCUCCUCUGUGGGCAGCUCUUCUACCAUCAAAUACACCACCAGUGCCUCCUCCAGCAGGAAGAGUUACAAGCACUGAAGUCCCAACCACCAGAGCUUGUGGCGGACACCAGAUACCCUGGCUGUAGUGUGCUGUGUGCAGAGGCAUCUCUUCCCUGAAUCCCGCCUCUGCUGUCUGCUUCUGUCUGAGGAGCCUGCGUCCUCUUGCUCCUCUGCUGUCUGCUUGGGAUCUCACUGCUCACCUUUGAGUCAUCCUCUGAACUCACAUCAUGAUUCACUCACAUUUGGUGCUUCAUGUUGUAUUUGGGUUUCCAGGCUCCUGCCUCCCUGCCUCUAUGUCUGAGUUGCCUGGUAAAGUGUGUGUCUGUCCCCUUCAUCCUAGAAAUGAUUGUCUGGGUCUUACUGAGGAAAUGACCCCUCCCUUCUAGGUUCCCAUGGCCUGAGAGACCCCAUAUUUCAACCUCAUGAAUCUUCCUUUCAGUACUUGUGACAGCACAGUCAUUAGUCCUGUGAUGUCUGUGCUCAUGUGAUGCCAUCUCUGCUCUUUGUUUCCUUGUNAUUGCUAAAUAAAGCAGCCUUAUAAAAA